AUGGGCCGGGCUGGGACCGGGACCGGGACCGGGGGCGCGGCGGUGGCCGUGGCGGGGCCGCUGCUGCUGCUGUUGCUCGCUCGGCCCCCGCCUGCCGCCGCCGGCGACAGCAGGAAGAGCGACGUCAGGCUGGUGUCGGAACAUUUCUCCCAGUCCCCACAGAAGCUGUCUUUCUACAGCUGGUACGGCAGUGCCAGACUCUUCCGCUUUCGCGUGCCCCCCGACACCGUGCUGCUGCGCUGGUUGCUGCAAGUGUCCCGGGGCAGCGGCCCCGCCUGCGCAAGCGUGGAGAUCACUGUGUACUUCCGUUAUGGUGCCCCUCCUGUCAUCAACCCUUUGGGCACCAGCUUCCCCGCCAACAGCUCCGUGCAGUCCCCCUUCUUCAUCAAGAUGCUGGACAGCAACGCUUCCCUCAACAUCUCCCACCCAGCCGCCGGGGACUGGUUUGUGGCGGCCCACCUGCCCACCGCCUCCCAGAAGAUCGAGGUGAAGGGUUUCGUUCCCACCUGCGCCUACGUCUUCCAGCCUGACAUGCUGGUUGUGCGGACCGUGGAGGUCUCCAUCCUGGAGCCUGACAUUCCCCUUCCGCAGACCCUCCUCUCCCAUCCCAGCUACCUCAAAAUCUUCAUCCCUGAGUACACCCAGGAGCUGCAGCUGGAGCUGCAGGGCUGUGUCGCCAAUGGGAGCCUGGGCUGCCCUGUGCGCCUCACCGUGGGUGCUGCCACCCUGCCCAGAAACUUCCAGAAGGUGUUCAUGUGCGUUAGCCCCACUGGGGCCUGCCGCCUGCUGCUGCCCUCACCUCCCUGGGACCGGUGGCUGCAGGUGACCGCCAAGAGCCUGGCGGGGCCUCGCGUGCUGGUGGCUUUCCAGGUGGUAGCUGCCCUCACAGCCUGCAGGCCGUGGAACCUGAACUUCCAGCACCUUCCACAGAGCAGCCUGAAUGAGAGCUGCAAUGCUUCCACGGGCCUGCUGCCCCCACGCCCCGCUGACCACGGCGACCACGGCCUGGGCGGGAGCAGCAGGAGGCAUGGGGGCCCCUGCUGCCUGACGAGCUACCCAGUCAUUCGGGAAGACCUGGACGUGGUGUCUGUGCGCUUCUGGCCGGUGGACAGGGUGUGGGUGCAGGUGCGGCCCACCACGCCCUCGGUGAUGCGGCUGUACAUGGACACCGGCAUGGACAGCGGGGGCUCCCUCACUGUCUCCCUGCGGGCCAACAAGACUGGAAUUACCAACAGCACCUUGGUCGCUGUCUGUGUGAAUGCCGCCUCCCCCUUCCUCGGCUUCCGCACGUCACUCAACUGUACCACAGCCUUCUUUCAGGGCUCCCCACUGACCCUGAGUGCUGCAUCGCACAAGGCCGACCUCAUCAUCCCCUACCCAGAAACGGACAACUGGUACCUCUCCCUGCAGCUCGUGUGCCCCGAGAGUCCAGAGGAGUGUGAGCAGGCCUCGGUCCUCGUGGAGACCACCUUGACCCUGGUGCCCUGCCUGAACGACUGCGGACCCUAUGGCCAGUGCGUCCUUCUGCGCAGACACAGCUACCUAUAUGCGGGCUGCAGCUGCAAGGCCGGCUGGCGUGGGUGGAGCUGCACGGACAACAGCACGGCCCAGACGGUAGCCCAGCAGCGGGUGGCCGCCCUCCUUCUCACUCUCAGCAACCUCAUGUUCUUGGCUCCCAUCGCCGUCUCGGUGCACCGCUCGCUCCUGGUGGAGGCCUCUGUCUAUGCCUACACCAUGUUCUUCUCCACGUUCUACCACGCCUGCGACCAGCCCGGCGAGGCAGUGCUCUGUAUCCUGGGCUAUGACACCCUGCAGUACUGUGACUUCCUGGGCUCUGGGGUGUCCAUCUGGGUCACCAUCCUCUGCAUGGCGCGGCUGAAGGCAGCCCAGAAACACGUCCUGUUUCUCCUGGGCACGCUGAUCUUCGCCAUGUCCCUGCAGCUGGACCGCAGGGGUGCCUGGAACAUGAUGGGGCCUUGCCUCUUUGCCUUUGUGGUCAUGGUCACCAUGUGGGUGUAUCGCUGCGGACACCGGCGCCACUGCUACCCCACGUCCUGGCAGCGCUGGGCCUUCUACCUCCUGCCCGGCAUCUCCAUGGCUGCUCUGGGCAUUGCCAUCUACACCUCCAUGAUGACCAGUGACAACUAUUACUACACCCACAGCCUCUGGCACGUGCUGCUGGCCGGGAGUGCGGCCUGCCUACUCCCGCCACGGGAGGAGCACACCAAGCCCUGGGCCUGCUCGCAGAAGCUCACUUGCCACUACCAGAUCUGCAAGAACCACCGAGAGGACCUGUAUACGGUGACAUGACGUGGCCAGCUCAGGGACACCGGCCACUGUGAUGAUGGGCUCUCUGGCCAGGGGCAGGACCAAAGGAGAAGGACCCUGUCCAGGUCCAUUUCCAGCUGAAUAAAAUUGCCCGCGCA